UUCGAAAUAACUAUUAUGUUCUUUAACAUACUAUGGGCUGUACUUGCUGGCAUCGCACUUGUUACGAGCACUCAAGGACAUGCCAUUUUUGAGGAGGAUUUUCAUAAUGUUUACAAGUUGAGUGGUUGCAAUAGUAAUCGUGCUUAUCUCGAAGAUAUAGGCAAUGAUAAAUAUGUACCUGAAGCUGAAAAAAAUCCAGAAUUUUGGAGAAAUUUAGCACGUAAGGAAUUGGAGGAGAAUUUACGAAAACAAAAAUUAAAUAUGAAUAAAGCCAAGAAUGUUAUAUUCUUUUUGGGUGAUGGCAUGUCUUUGAGUACAGUAGCGGCUGCUAGAAUGCUUAAGGGACAAAAGAAGGGAAAUACCGGCGAAGAGGAGGUGUUAAGUUUUGAAAAGUUUCCUUAUACCGGCUUAAGUAAGACCUAUUGUACCGAUUCUCAAGUGGCUGAUUCUGCCUGCACAGCCACCGCCUAUUUGUGUGGUGUUAAAGGCAACAUUGUGACCAUAGGAGUCAAUGCUAAGGUCAAAUAUAAUAACUGCAGUGCCAGUAUGGAUCCCAAAAAUCAUGUCUCCUCUAUAGCCGCCUGGGCUCAAAAGGCUGGCAAAUCGACUGGUUUUAUUACCACUACCACAUUAACACAUGCUAGUCCUAGUGGUUCAUAUGCCCAUGUUGCCAAUCGUAUGUAUGAAAGUGAUACUGAUGUACGUUCAUUUGGUCAAGAUCCUUCUGAAUGCAUGGACAUGGCAACACAGUUGGUUACACAAGAGCCCGGACGUAAUUUCAAUGUUAUAAUGGGUGGUGGCAUGUCAAAAUUUUUACCCAAUACCAUACGUGACAGUCAUGGCAAUUUAGGCAUAAGAGAGGAUGGUAAAAAUCUACUCUCUUUAUGGCAGGGAAUGCAUCCCACAGGUGUUAUAGUAACUGAUCGUGAACAACUGUUAAAUUUAAACACCUCGAGAGUGUCCCAUAUAAUGGGUAUUUUCCAAUCGAAAUAUAUGGAUUAUCAUUUAAUGGCCGAUCCGGUUAAACAACCAACAUUGGCUGAAAUGACCGAAAAAGCCUUAAAGUUACUGCAACAUAAUGAUCAGGGAUAUUUUAUCUUUAUUGAGGGUGGUUUGAUAGAUGUAGCUCAUCACGAAACUAAAGCCGCCAUUUCUUUAGAUGAAACUUUGGAAUUUGAGAAAGCCAUACAAUUAGCUAGAGAAAUGACUAAUCCUGAGGAAACUCUUAUAGUAGUGUCAUCGGAUCAUGCUCAUCCCUUAACAAUAUCUGGUUAUCCUGCUAGAGGCACCGAUAUCUUGGGUCUCAAUCAAGACGAUAGAGAUGCAAAUGGUUUGAAAUAUUUAACAUUAAACUAUCCCAUUGGACCUAAGCAAUAUUUAGACAAUAACGGCAAUCGUUUGGAUAUGGAGAAGAUAAGCAGAGACUUUAACUUUGAAUAUCCCGGUUAUGUAUCAACCAAAGAUGGACGUCAUUCGGGUGAUGAUGUGGGCAUCUUUGCCUCGGGACCUUUUGAUCAUUUAUUUACUGGUGUCAUUGAACAGAGUACUAUACCACAUUUAAUGGCUUAUGCUGCUUGUAUUGGUGACGGUCCUACCAUGUGUGAUGAUAAUCAGUAAACUUGAGAUUAG